GGCGACGGCCGAGACGACAGCGGCGGCGACGGCCGGUACGACAGCGGCGACGGCCGGAACGACAGCAGCGACGGCCGGGACGACAGCGGCGACGGCCGGGAUAACAGCAGCGUCGGAGAAUAGACGUCCAUCAAGGCCCGUGGAGUUCUCCGUGCAUCCGGAUGACUUUGGCAAUGUUGUCAAGCUUAAGCAAGAAGGGAAGCAGCUUCAAGCCGCAGUCAUCACCACCGCACUUAGGCAGCGGUGGAAGCCGGCCACGAAGGCGGAUUUUCCAACAUCAGAGCACAUGCGUGCGGGGAAGCUGCGCAUCCUGCGAGCGAACGACUCCCACCUUUCCACGUUCCCAUGGCUCGCGAUCUCGCAACACGCAGACAACUGGGGUGCGUGGUGUGCGCCAUGUGCUUUGUUCGCUACCUCUGAGGCUGGCGGGAGGGCGGGCGCCGCCAACCAGCGGCUCGGCAACCUAGUUGUGCGGCCACUACGCAACUUCUCUGAUCUGACUGGAUCGGACGGGGCGCUUAACCGCCACAGUCGGCACGACUACCACAGGAGUGCGCUGGCGGCCGCCGCUGACUUCCUGCGCACUUCAGAAAACCAAGAUUUGUCUGUAUCGCAAGUGCUGGCCUCUGCAAACCGUCGCGAAGUAGAGCGCACUCGAGCGGCCCUGGCCAGUGUUGUAGAUACGAUCAAGUUUGCCGCGCUGCAGAACAUCCCUCUCCGUGGCCAUCGGGACGACGGGCGCAUUGACCCAACCGGCCAGUAUCCUGACAACAAUGACGGGAACUUCAGGAUGCUGCUCCGCUUCCGCCUGCAGAGCGGGGACAAGGCACUGGAGGAGCAUUUGAAGUCAGCCAGUAGUGCCGCGCUGUACACCAGCAAAACGGUACAAAAUGAACUGCUCUCUGACCUGCUGCGGCUCCUGCAGGACGCAGUGUCCGCCAAGGUGCGAGCCUCGCCGCUGUGGGCUCUCAUUGUUGAUGAGACCACAGACCGCGCUCGUCGGGAGCAGCUCGUGGUGGCCGUGAGAUACCUCGAUAAGAAGGAGGGAAAGCAUGCAAUUUGCGAAGAUCCUAUCGCCAUGGUGGAUGUCUUUGAAGAGUUGAACGCCGCAAACGACGAGAAAGAGGUGAAAUUGUCGGGAGAAAACCUGGCGAAAGUCAUCCUGAACGCCUUGGAUCGUCUCCGCCUGGACAAAAAACAUCUCAUCGCGCAGUGCUAUGAUGGUGCCUCAGCAAUGUCAAGCCUGAAAGUCGGCGUCGCGGCUCAUGUGCAGAAAGUGGCUCCUGUUGCGCACUACGUCCACUGUGCUAUGCACGGUCUGAACCUCGCUGCGUCAAGGAUGGGAUCUGUGCGGGCGGUGAAGAACGCGCAAGGGACGAUGGAGACCGUGGUAGUCUUUGUCACUGACAGUGCCAAGCGCGCGGUGGUGCUCAAGCAAGCACAAAAGAGGACCGGUCAAAGCCAGCAGCGGCUGAUAAAGCUCUGCGAGACUCGCUUUGUGGAGCGAUACACUUCCGUCAACCGCUUCUGUGAACAGUUUGCGGCGAUUGUGGACGCCCUGCGCCUGAUGUCCGACUGGACAGACGCUGUCACUAGCGCAAAGGCAGACAUGCUGCUGAAGGCGAUGGCAGCGUCGGAUUUUCUGGUGGCCAUCGCGGUAAUGAAGUCUCUGUCCAGUCUGCUGCGGCCAGUGUCCGCACGACUGCAGAAGCAGGGUGCGGAUCUGGUCGAGGCACUCGACCUGGCGCGCGCCACCAUCAGCGCCCUCUCGGAUCUGCGCUGCGAUUCUGCUUUCGAGUCGGUGUUUGCCGAAGCGCAGAAGAUGGCAGGUGAGCUGGACACAACAAUCGAGAAGCCGCGCAUCUCAGCCCACCGCUCGACUUUCAGGGCCAAUGCUGGCGAAGACUUGGACGUGGCUGGACACUACCGUGUAAAUUUGUUCCUGCCUGCCAUCGACGCCGUGCAACAGGAUCUGGACGACAGAUUCGGCAGUGACCGGCCACUCGGUGGCACUGCUGGACAGGCCGGAGUGAAGGCACAGCGCCAGGCAUACCGAAGGGAGGUGUUUUCACUCUCCGGGAUCCUCCCACGGCAGGUCACCAAACAGAAGUGGGAGGACGUCCGCCCAGGCUGGCUGCGCUACCGGUCAGUUCUGCCAGAGAGCCCUGAGGACGAUGCAAAAGCCGAGUUCCUCGUCUGGUCGGCUCUGUGGCGGCGCUCCCAGGGCACUCUACCAGAUUCCGCGGUGGCUGCGCUCGACCACUGUGACCUGAUCACCUUCCCAACGAUGCACCGCCUUCUCCAGGUUGAUAUUAUCAGCACUCAUCCCAAUUUAGACACCUUUCCUAAUCAACUAUCAUAACCCGGAGUCGCGCCCCUUGCCUUAGAUUCUGUCGUGUCAUUUCUCAUCUUCACUGUAAUGAACAUUUUAUGAGUGAAUGGAGUGUGCGAGGAUUUAGUUUACAUGCAUUAUUACGCAUAUUAUACAUAGUUAUGCUAAACAUGGGUGGGUUUCUAAGCAUGGUUGUUAAUAUUGUAUAUCAAAUACUAUAAUGGUUGACGCGUAAAUCUAUCGGUUGAAGCCUUCAUUGCAAGACGCUGACAACCAAUAGGUAGUCAGAUUGUUGUGCAAUUCUUUCUUAAUCCUGGCAAGGGAAAACAAUUGAUCACGCCUUUAUGCCUUUAUUUUUUAUAGGAAACCCUGAAUCUGUGCCGUCCCUGUAAGAAAUCGGUAUCUGACCUAUCACCACCAUGUUUCUGUCCCAUCAGAUCCUUGCGGUCCUGCCCGUGUCUGUGGCGGAGGCGGAGCGCACAUUCAGCAAGGUGACUCGCACGCUGACGGCAGUCCGGUCGACGAUGGGCGAGGAGCGUUUGGAAGCGCUGAUAAUGUGCCAGGCCCACCGUGAUCUGCUGCCAGCAUCUGCGGAUGUGGUGGAUUUCUUCGCACGGUCUGGCGCCCGCCGAGCAAAGCUUCACGCCCUCAUCUGAAUACCCACCGUCCUCUCCAGACUCGCCUGCGCGCCUAUCUGCGUGAUCAGACGGAGAAAGGGUGGCCUGAUACGGCCAUAGACACCAGUCGAUGGUCAGCAUCGGGCGUUUAACGACGUGCCAGCUGCGGCCUGUUCUGUGCCUUCUCCUUUACUCACCCGGACCAGCUACGAGUUGUGUGACGUUGUUUUGCGCAAACUGAUUCCCAAGACCGGGACCAAGGACAUGAUCGAGCUGGAGCGCGCUAAGGAGCAGCUGACGCCCAUGCGGUUGGUGAACCUAGAGGCUCCUUCGGGCAACGGAAGCAGCAGCCCAAACACUACAUCGACCAGAUCAGCCGAUGGGCAGAGCGGGCCGAGCCGGGGAUGGCAGUAUCAGCACUCGGCUCCUCGGCCGAGAGACCUUCCCCGCCCCGCAUUGAAGCGGAUCUGCUGGGCCCGAGCAGGGCGCCCGGCCGGCCGCGGCGGCGAUACUCGCAGUUUAGCCGCGCCGGUGUGGGGACGCUAGGUGGCGCUGGCGGACCUUUGGCACUGAUGUACAUAGAUGUCGCUACUCGCUUUUGGCGUUAUUCAGUGCGGGUAGGGGGAGUGGAUUUUGAGCUAAGCAAUUCACAGGAGUUCUGAAAGAUUGCUUGCGUUAGAGUUAAGUGAUUUCUUUGAUUAGCUAUGGUGUGGUUGUGGAGUCAGGUCGGGUACAUGAAGUUGUAUGCAUGCGUGACUGAUGAAGACAACUGGCCUGAAUGCGAGUGAACUAGCGUCUAGCGCCGCCUACUAUACUAUGUACAUACCGUGACGCUCGUUGAUCGAAGAUGUCGGCUUUGCAUGAGUGGUUCCCAUCGAAGAGUAUGCAAUGUUGGCGGCUAAGGUGCCAAGUCAGGCCUCAGGGUUGUGAUUAUGACUGUCGUGGACAAUGUCACCUGAUAUCCGUAACCGCAACAAUCUUUUCUGGCAAGAUUAAACUCUGCUAUGCUAUUGUAGCCGGUGACUCCAUGUGGUUUCCUCAGCUCUGUGGGACAUGUCUUCCCGUAUUCGUGUAGCCAGCUGCCCGGAAAUCCGUCGACUCAGGCCUGACGCGUAUGCUAUUGAUGCUUGGACGUGCUUUGUACAUGGUAGGAACACCGUGAUAUACCGCCGGCGGCCGGGCUGCUUUGGUGAAACGUUUGUUUCUGCCGUUGUUCAUUUUCGA